AUGGAAUGGACCGACGGAUUACUAUCAGCAGCAGUUCGAAGUUUUGUACAGUUUAACACUACAAUGAAUUCAAAGAAAGAUAAUGAUCUUAAACUAAGGUCAAGACUCUCAGAUUUAUCUAAUGUUUUCCAACUUGAUUCCUCUAAUACAGCAGAUAUUGAUGAUGAUAUUUUUAAGGAGCUGAUGAAGGAAGAUAAAAUUACAGAAAGUGAAAAGUUCGAUUGGCAAAUCCUUGAUGCUUUCUUUGAAUUCAUGGAUAAAAAUGGAGGCUUUGGACAAUGUGAAGAUUUGAAGAACAUUUCAACUAAGAAAAGUUUUCCAUAUUCAAAAGUUUCUCUUAGAUUCAAGACUAUAGCAAAGAGGGCUACAAAAACAUGGUAUCUGGAGAAGUUUCCUGAUAAAUUAAAGACAGUGAUUCAGAAGCUUUUCGUAUUUGCGUUUACUUGGGCAUUUGGAGGAACUUUAAAACGUGAAGACGAACAUGAAGAUGAUAUACUCUUUGAUUCAAGUUUUGAACCUGAUUCUCUUGCCAGAGUAACCUAUGACUUUGAUAACCUCGUUCAUGAAUUAUUUGAAAACAAUCCGCAAGUAGACAUUAACCUACCAACGGGCGACUGUUCUAUCUUUGGGUAUUUUGUGGAUCUACAGCAAGGUGAAUUCAUACCAUGGUCAGAACUACUUCCUAAUAUUCAGACACUAAUUCAAAGAGGAACUUCAAUACUAAGUGAUCCUGCGGGAUCCAGUGCCAGCCUCUUGAAGAUAACAGAAUACGGGGAGAGCAUUAAUUUCACUGCUACCAGAGACACAACGUGUCUUUCUUUUCUCAUAAGCCUUCUUUUAAAGAAUUUCUGCCCUGUACUUCUUACAGGAGACUUUGGUGUUGGGAAAACCAGUGUCAUUAAUCAAAUGCUUGCCAAAUUAGAGGGCUCAGGAGGCUUCGAUGUGAAAUAUGGAUCAAUUUUAGGAGAAGUCCUAUUAUAUAACGAAAUUAAAAAGUCAAGGUACCUGGGACAGAAUAUCAGCAUCUUGCUUUCUGAAACUCAGAAGACGGCAGCUGAAAGUCAAGAUAAGAUUACUAAAAAGUCAUCAAGAAGUAAAAGUUCAUUGGAAAAUGAGGAGAAAGGAGUUACAGUCUCUUCAAUAAAUUUCGGCAUCAAACUGACAGCUGCUAGAACCAAGGAGAUGAUCCUUAAGAAGUUAAAAAGAAGAACUAAAGACAUUCUUGGGGCCCCAAAAAGCAACAGGAUUGUAAUAUUCAUUGAUGAUCUGAAUAUGCCAGAAACAGAUAUGUAUGGAGCUCAGCCGCCCCUGGAAUUAAUCAGACAACUCUUAGAUUUGGGAGGAAUUUAUGAUACUGAAAAAAUUGCAUGGAAGGUUAUUCAAGAUCUGUCUGUAGUGGCAGCUUGUGUUCCUUCCACUGGUAGGAGGGAAAUUAGCCCACGUCUCCUCAAACACUUCUCCAUUCUGGUAUUGCCUCAUCCUCCUCAAAGUGCCCUGCGAACUAUUUUCCAGGCUCAUUUGGGAAUGUAUUUCUCCAUCCAUAACUUCACAGCCGAUGUUCAGAAAAGUAAGGAUCAAAUAAUAUCUUGCUCUCUGGCUAUCUACUAUCACAUAUGUCAGAAUAUGUUACCCACGCCCACGAAAUGUCACUACAUGUUUAAUCUUCGAGACAUGUUUAAGCUUCUCCUAGGACUGCUGCAAGCUGACAAGGCUGUUAUUAACUCCACGGCAAUGGCUGCUCUGUUCUUCAUUCAUGAAGCCACCCGAGUGUUUCAUGAUCGCUUAAUUGAACAUACUGAGAAAAAGCUGUUCUACCAGUUUCUUUCAAAGGAACUUGAGAAUUAUUUUCAGAUUGGGAUAGAUGGAAGUGGGAAAGAGACGUGUGCAACCUUAGCAUGUUAUUUGACGGACUACAAAGUGUACCAGAUGCCUUUUUCUCACAACUAUGCUUACAUGGAAUUCAAACAAGACUUUAAGAAGGUGUUUAUUCAAGCAGCAUUAGAAGGGAACCCCACAGCUUUGAUAGUGGCAAAUUUACACCCAGAUCAGGAGGCAUUUUUGGAAGAUUUGAACAGCAUUCUCAACUUGGGAAAAGUACCUGACAUAUUUGAAAACGAGGAGCUGAACUCUCUCACGCUGAAGAUUAGAUCUCUGGCUGAGCUGACCGAGCACACUGACAGUAGGCAAACUGUACUUUCGUUCUUCCAAAAGAAAAUACAUAAAAAUUUGCAUAUUUUUAUGCUCGUGAGUCCUGCAGGACCUAAUUUCCGGCAGAAUUGUAGAAUAUAUUCUUCUAUGAUUAGCGCCUGCACAAUCGACUGGUAUGAGAGGUGGCCGGAAGAAGCUCUCCUUGUUGUAGCUAAUUCUUUCUUAAGGGAAAAGGUGAACUUAGAGAACAGAAAGAACUUGAAAGAAAAACUUGCCCCAACAUGUGUCCAAAUCCACAAGAGCGUAGAAAACCUGAGCACAAAGUUCUUCCAAAAAACCAGAAGGCAUUACUACGUCACCCCCAGGAGCUACUUGCGAUUCAUGGACACAUUUGCGCACAUUUUGAGAUCACGCGAGCAAGAAAUGCAAACAAAGAGGAAUCGCUUCUCCAUGGGUCUCUCCAAGGUCCUGGAGGCAACCACUCUAGUGACAGAGAUGCAGGAGGAGCUCCUGGUUGUGGGCCCUCAGAUAGAGCAAAAAACCAAGGAAAAAGAAAUCUUAAUGGAAAAACUACAGAAAGAUUCACAAGUAGUUGAGAAAGUUCAGAUGCUUGUUAAACAGGAUGAAGAAAUUAUGGCAGAAGAAGUAAGAAUUGUGGAAGAUUAUGCUCAGACAACCGCCAGUGAGCUCAGCAGUGUGCUGCCUGCCGUGAACAAGGCGACCGUGGCGCUCAAAGCCCUGGAUAAAGCCGACAUCUCUGAACUGAGAGUGUACACGCGCCCCCCUUUCCUGGUGCUGACCGUCAUGAACGCGGUUUGUAUCCUCCUGCAAAAGAAACCGAACUGGACCACAGCAAAGUUGCUCCUUUCAGAGACUGGUUUCCUAAAAAGGUUGGUUAACCUUGACAAGGACAGCAUACCUCAGAAGGUUUUCACGAAACUGAAAAAAAUUUUAAUCAUACCCGAUUUCAACCCCCAAAAGAUUGCUCUAGUGUCUGUUGCUUGUUGUUCCAUUUGCGAGUGGAUUAUAGCUUUGAAUGACUACAAUGAAAUGCAGAAGCUGGUGGGCCCUAAACAAAUCCAAGUAGCUGAAGCUCAGAACGUUCUAAAAAUUGCACGGCAAAGGUUGGCUGAAAAACAAAGAGGAUUGCAGCUGGUUGAAGAACAUUUGCUGUUCUUACAGGCAGCCUACAAAGAUGUUGUUGCUGAAAAAGAAGUAUUAGCGAGUCGGAGAGAACUUGCCACUCGGCGCUUGCACUGUGCAUCUGUUCUACUAACUGCUCUGGAAGACGAGAAGAUUCGAUGGCAAAACACAAUCAGUCAAAUAGACAGCAAGUUGGAAGGGAUUCUGGGUGACAUACUCAUUUCAGCAGCGUGCAUCGUGUACAGUGGCGUGUUGACAGCAGAAUUCCGCGAGCUGAUUGUGAAUAAAUGGGAGAGUCUUUGCACUGAAAACAGUAUUUCUUUGUCUACUAACUUUUCUUUAAUUGAAGUCAUGGCACAGACACAGGAGAUCUGCCGAUGGCAUCACCAGGGGCUACCUCUUGGUCAGUAUUCAACAGAGAAUGCCAUCUUGAUCAAGAACGGCCUGCAGUGGCCACUGCUAAUUGACCCGCAUAAGCAAGCGUGUAACUGGAUCCGUCAGAUGGAAGGACCUAGGCUUCAGGAACUCUCUACUGAGGACAGCAAUUACAUCAAAAAAAUUGAAAACGCCUUGAAAACAGGAGGGAGUGUCCUCUUGCAGAAUCUCCCUGAAACACUAGCUCCGAGUUUGAAGGCAAUUUUGAAGAAGGCUAUCUAUCAGCGAAGAGGACAGCAUUUCAUACGGGUCGAUGAUAAUGAGAUUGAAUACAAUGCCCAGUUUAGGUUGUACAUAUCUACAGAAAUAAGCAACCCACAUUUUCCUCCGUCGGUGUAUAAUUUUCUUACUAUGAUCAACUUCACAGUAACAUUCCAAGGUUUACAAGAUCAACUCUUAUCUACUAUAUUAACCCAUGAAGUUCCUCAUCUAGAAAAUCAACGUUUCCAAUUAUUGGAGAGUAUUUCCCUUGAUGCUAUGACUCUUGAAGAACUAGAGGAAAAAACAUUAAAUUUACUGCAGAACACAAAAGGAUGUGUAUUAGAUAAUGAGGAAAUUGUGGACAUCUUAAGAAAAUCCAAAAUUACUUCAACUGAAAUUUCAAAGCGCAUCAAUGCAGCAGAAAAAGCAGAAAGUGAAAUUCAAGCAACACGUAAAAACUAUCUCCCUAUUGCUACGCGAGGGGCCCUGCUCUACUUCCUAGUAGCUAGUCUUACACAAACCAAUUGCAUGUACCAGUUCUCCCUAGACUGGUUUCGUCAAGUUUUUGUUUCAUCAGUAAUUUCCAAAAGCAAAGAACAAGAAGAACCCAGUUUGAAAAGGGAGAAAGUAUUUCUGAGAAAAGUGCAUGAAAUAAUAAAUUUCUCAAAAGAACCUAAGUUAAAAUAUGAGAAAAAUCCCUUACAGGAGCGCCUUAAAAAUGCAAUAGAUGUGUUGACAAGAAAUGUUUUUCAGGUGGUCUCUUCAGCUCUGUUUAACCAACAUAAACUCUGCUUCUCCUUCCUGCUUUGCACCACAAUCAUGCAACAUAAUGCUAAUGAAAGUCCACCUCCGGAUGACAUUGGAUUCCUACCAAGCAAAGAAUGGGACAUCUUCUUACACUCGGGCAUGCUGAUGAACACUGAAGGGGUGCUGCCCCAGCCUAAACUUGAUGGCUUAUAUGAAAUGUAUAGAAAUCAGCAUCUGCAGUGGGUCUCGAGUGUCAGGUGGAAGCAAUGUCAGUACAUCAGCAGCCUGCUAGAGCCCUUUUCUCUGCUGUGCAAGUCCCUGUUAUCUAACGUAGCACAGUGGAAUGCGUUUAAAAACAGCAAGGCCAUGUAUAACCUGAUGAGCACACCUUUCUCUUCAGAAAUCGCGUCGUUGAAGGAAAGUGAGAAAUCACAGGAGGGCACUGAACUUUUGAAUGAAAAUGAAGAAUUAUGUAGUCCUGUAACUUUUCCCUGGGAGAAACUCACUCCAUUUCAAAGACUGAUUUUGAUAAAAAUUCUUGGACCAGAACGUUUAAAGAGUUCAGUGAGGAAGUUUAUAACUGAAAAAAUAGGAAGUGAAUAUAUUCACAGAGCUGGGAUUAAUUUGAAAGAAUCCUUCAAAGACUCCAGUGCCAGAACCCCACUGAUCCUCAUUCACUCGCACGGGGUUGAUACCACCAAUACUGUCCUGAAAUUUGCCCAAGAGUUGAAGGGAACAACACAGCAUGUGACCAUGAUUUCUCUGGGCCAUAGCCGGGCAGCGAAGGCAGAAGGUCUCGUUGCUACGGCCCUGACCAAAGCCAAACAAUGGGUCUUCCUCCAGAACUGCCACCUCGCAGCGUCCUUCAUGCCAAGGCUUUGCUCUAUCGUAGAAUUAUUCAGUAAUCCAGAUGUGAAAAUAGACCCUGAGUUUAGGCUCUGGUUAAGCUCAGAAUCAGACAGUUCUUUUCCAAUUCCUGUUCUUCAAAAGAGUGUAAAGAUCGCAGUGGAAAAGCCCAUAGGAUUGAGAAGUAAUUUACUCAAGAUGCUUGGAUAUGGCAGGAGUGGAGAGGUGACAAAGGAACUGUUUGAAAAACCUGACUGUGGACCUUGGUGGAAAAAACUUCUCUUCGGCCUGUGUGUCUUCAAUGCUGUGAUCAAUGAAAGAAAAAAUUAUGGAAUAUUGGGCUGGAAUGUGGAUUAUAAAUUUAGUUCUUCAGACUUCGAGGUGGCCGUGAAGGUGUUGGAGAGCGCCCUGAGCGCGCAGCCCGCUGUCCCCUGGCGGUCGCUGCAGUACCAGCUGGGCGAGGUGGUUUACGGAGGCCGGGUGACGGACCCCUGGGACCAGCGAUGUCUGAGCACCCUCCUCCACAGGUUUUGUAACCCCGGCGUGCUGAGAGAGGACUUCAGUUUCUUUAGUGACGAGUCCGCGAGCCUCUGGGAGUACGUGCACAUGGUCCAGGCCUUGCCGGAGGACGACACUGCCGAGCUGCUGGGACUGCACCCUGAGGCCACCCGGGGCUGCAGGGAGAUCCAGGGCCAGAACUUCAUGGAUUGUCUCGUUGCCCUGGAGUCAGGAACUACCUGUCUCAGCCCCCAUGUCAGCCGCGAGCAGAGCAGCGACGAGCUGGUGAUGGAGAUGCUGUCGGGCCUGCGGAAGCAGCUGCCGCGGGCAGUGGAGAAGGAGGAAAGCACGGGGGCCCCGAGCACCUUCCGGAGCAUCGUGUCCAGCCCCAUGUGGGAGACUCUCCGUGAAGGUCACAAAGGCCACGAUCCCCUAAUCCAUUGUGUCUUGCUAACGUUACUGAACCAAGAAAUUGAACGAUUUGAUAAGUUACUGUUUGUUAUACAUAAAUCUCUGAAAGAUCUUCAACUCGCUAUAAAAGGAGAGAUCAUCCUCACCCUGGAGCUGGAGGACACGUACGACGCCUUCCUCAGAUCAAAGGUGCCAGCGCUGUGGCAGAAACACGCCUACAAGUCAUGCAAGCCCCUGAGUUCCUGGGUUAAUGAUCUCAUCCAGCGACUCAACUUCUUCAGUACCUGGGCCAAGAUGGCCCACGCGGCGAUCUACCAGCGGUAUAUGAGAUUUAUCACAGUUUGGAAGCACUCUAAGCCCAACCCCAAACAUCCUACGGAUGAAAAGGAUACUUUCUUUGAAGGAUUUCCUGCAAGAUACUGGCUCCCAGCUUUCUUCUUUCCACAAGCCUUUCUGACUUCAGUGCUGCAAGACUACGGAAGAGCCCAAGGACUAUCCAUAGAUGCCCUCACUUUUUCCCACCAUGUGAUCUCUGACACGGCUGAAAUCAAAGAGGAGGAGUUCUCCAUGACCAUCCAGAAGAAGCUCAACAUGGUCAGGAGAGCCUUUAAGGGCACAGACUCCACACACACUGGAGUUCACGUUUUUGGUCUGUUCAUCGAGGGGGCAAGAUGGAAUCAUGAAGAAAAAAUACUAGAAGACUCGCUGCCUCGUGAGAUAUGUUGUGAUUUUCCGGAAAUAUACUUCUUGCCAACAAAGAUUUCCGCUGAAACACCAAACACAUCUAACCAGACAGAUCCAGAACUCUAUACUUUUGAAUGCCCAGUUUAUCAGACCCCCGAGAGGUCGACUUUGGCAACCACUGGCUUCCUCUCGAACUUUCUAACAUCGGUGUAUUUACCCACGAAGAAACCGCCUAGUCACUGGAGCUCAAUGCAGGUUGCAAUGCUGUGUGAGAAGAAUGAAAAGUAA